AGCAUUGGGGGGAAGGAGGUGACCGGGGUGUAGGUAGGAUGGGUGGAGAUGAUUGUAGAUGAAGUGAGGGUUGGUUUGGUUUGAAGGGGGAUGUUGGAUGAUUGUGUGAUGGCGGGGGUUGAGGGCUUGGGUAGGAGGGGAGCAGGAGUAACAACGGUGGCGGAAGUGGUGGAUGAUGACGGGUGUGCGAGGGAUGUGCUGGUUGGAGAGGUACAUGUAGAAGGUGUCAGUGUGGAGGUUGAAGCGGAGGCCUGUUCAGAGGAGGAGGUGGGUUGUGGGGUAGAGGACGAGGUGGUUUGUGGUGCGGAGGAGGGUGGUGCAGUCGUGGUGACGACCGUGAUGGCAAGGGAGUUUCCCUUAAUUGUGGCUACGCGGUCGGAGAUGGUCGACAUGGUGGUGUUCAUGUUGGCGAUGGACGAUUGGAGGGAGGCAAGUGCUUGGAGGAUGGUCGUAAGAUCGGGGAAGGCGAUGGUCGUGGCUGGUUGGUCGCUGGUGAGGUCAGGAUUAAAUGCAAUUUAAAUUGUUAAUAUUUAAUGAAUGGGUUUAAUUAACUUUAAUAUCAAUGUAAUUUAAGGGAUUUUAAUAAAUUUGAAACGAAUUU